GGGCAAAGGAAAGCUAAGGCUGGAGUAAGGACAAAACACAAAAAGGUCAGAGAAGAUUGAAGUAAAGGAAGAGUGAAAAGCAGUUUGUUCUGACAAGGAGUGGAGCAACAAAGUAGAGUUUAAGAAAAAGUUCCAUCAGAGAAGAUGAAGCUGAGCGUGAAGAAUGUGGCUUUGCUGGCCAUCACAGAAAACAUUGAGAUGGAGCUGUUUUCUUCAGGGGAGCUCUGCGUGGUGACAUCAACACAGGAGACGGAGGAAGAACAGUGCUGUGACCAGAAACACUUGGAGCAUCCUUUGGUGCCUGACUGUGAGGAGGAACCAGAGCCAGAGGUCCAGACCCCACCACUCAGGCACCAGGCCAAGAUAGAGGCCGAGCACUGCCCCCCGUUCCCAGGGUUCAUGGAGGAAAUUGAGAUGGAAAUGGAGGUUUUUCCUCCCCUCAAAGUGACUGAGCGAGUGGCUUUAAAACCAGAUGAUCCUUCCGUCAUAACCCUCGUACCGUCAACUCAGCUGUCUCCAAACAAAGCCAGUCAUCUUAAGUGGAAAAGACUGACUCUGCAGAAGACGGGACUGGUGGUCAAAGACGUGGUCUGUCUCCCCAGAGGAUACUACCUGGAACAGCUGGAGAGACACACUGUUCCACGAGGCAGAGAACAAGCAGCUCUAGCGGCCAUGGGACUGACUGCUCGCAUCUCCAUCGAUUAUGAUUGGUCGGCCAAUCAGACGGAGAGUCGUCUGGCGACGCUCUUCCGGGGGCGGUUUGUAAAACGAGCCGGACAAAGGUUCUCCUUCACAUUUCUACAGUGUGUCAUGGGUUCCGGGGUGCUAUUUGUCCCAGACACUCCUGCAGAGGGCUGGACUGGAGAGCAGGUACUCGGGACCUCUGGACAUGGUGCUUUGUACAUCCUGAGCCAACAGGAAUACCCACAGGCGGAAUCUGAGAAGUCAGCAAGCGAGACACCUGUGGUGAACAGGAAGGAGUUUUGCCGGGGGAACAUCACAAAGAGCUGCCCGGACAAAGACAAUCAGCUGGGAAGACAGACCCAACCAUGUGUUUCCAGCACCACAGAGGAGUUCACACACGACCUGGACUCCAUCCUGAGACUGUUCAGACAGGAGAACAUGGAUCGAGACGUAGAAUCCCACGUCCAGGUGAGGAGGAAAGACCUGCUCCACAGCGCUCUGAAGGUGGUGAGGAGGCCAGACUUCUGUUUCAAGAUGACACCCAUCGUCUCCUUCAGUGGAGAGGAGACUGACGGCCAUGACGGACCUCUCAGAGACUUCUUUAGAUUGUCUUUGCUGGAGCUGCAGCAAAGUUCCGUGUUUGAGGGUCAUCCGGGGCGUCUGUUCUUGACCUACAAUCUUGAAGCUCUUGAAGACCGGAAGUAUUACGAAGCAGGCGUUCUGAUUGGCUGGUCUCUGACUCAGGGCGGGCCUGGACCCCGUUGUUUACACCCUGCACUUUUCCAGUUGGUGUGUGGCCAGAAUCCAUCGUUGGAGGACUUCAGCUGGAGGGACAUUGUUGAUGCUGAAGCACAGAUCAGGCUGCAACAGAUGCACAGUUGUACUGAUGUGAAGCUGCUUUCUCCCAGUCUGUGUGACUGGGUGUCAAGUGCUGGGAUCCCUGGAGUCAAUUCAGCCCAUUCUGAUGAACUACCAUCCAUCUAUGUCCGCCUGGUCAAACAUUACAUCUACUACAGGGUGGCCAGUAUGAUCUCCCAGUUCACAGAGGGGCUGAACAGCUGUGGUGGAUUGUGGGAAACGGUACAGUCCAACUGGGAGGAGUUUGUGCCUGUGAUGACGAGCGCACAGCAGCAGCCUCUGACCGUGGAAGAGUUCAAACAGCUUUUCACCAUCUGCUACAGCCGUCCAGGCAGCCGGCUGAGGCUGACCGAGGAGGCAACAGCUGGACACUGGCAGAACGUCCUUACUUUGGUCAGCGAUGGUGAGGCAGAUUUUUCCUUUGAAGACCUCCUCGCCUUCAUCACUGGAGCUGAUCAUCUGCCUCCUCUCGGUUUCCCCAGAUUGAUCUCCCUACGAUUUUACUCCCAGGACGCGAGCAUGUCAGGUGCACGGCUGCCUCACGCCUCCACCUGCGCACUCGAGCUCUUCCUGCCGAGGGGAGCAGCAGGGGCUGCAGACCUGUUGGUGCUGCUGAGCAGAGCCGUGCGUGAAGGCCUUGGCUUCACACGUUUCCAGACAGAGGGAGAUGGAGAGGGUGGCUGCAUAGUUUCUGAAGUGGAUGGAUUAUUGAGGUCCUGCUGAAAUUGACUUUGUGGAACUCAAAGAUUUCUGUAAACUAUGAACGAUGUGACUGUAAAGAAAGCCAAGCAUAGGUGCUGGUCUGUGAACAGUUGGUCACUAUAACUCACCCGACCUGAUUAGUAAGCCGAGAUCAAUGUUUGUAUGUUGAAGGCUUUAUUCAUUCAGAGUUAGGCGUAUAAUAGCAGCUGUUCACAUACUUUCAUUUGUUUUGUUUCAUGGGAAAAUUGUCUUUCAGAAGAACAGAAAGGAAUGGUUUGCGAGUUUUGGCUGUUGAUCAGAUAUGAUGAAUUGUGUCAACAUGCUGUACUCAGUUGUUGACACAGAAAAAGAUAACUCCAUAGAUGAAUUCUUCAAGUUAAGAUUGUCAUCAAUGUUUUAUUUUAAUCUUUUAAUAGUUAAUCAAAUAUACUAAACUGUGAUAAAGAUUGCACCACACUGCGUCUUUUUGACAUCUUAUAAAUAGCUAGUUUCUUGCCUUGUUUCUCUGCUGAUAUUUAUACAUUGAUAUAUUGAGGAAAUGUUUUACAAAAUGAAUGGCAAUUCAUUAAAACAUUUUAAUGUUUAUUUUUAAAGGAUUUAUUAAAAAAUACAAAGAAUAAGUACUUCAAAUAGAUGUCUCUUCAUUCAUUUCUUUAAAUGGCAUAACACAACAUGAAAUAACAUCAAUGCAAAUCUUAUCUUGUAAAUCUAGUGUUGCAUCAAAGCAAAACCAGACAGUCUAUAAUGCCUAUAUAGCCUUAAGUGAAAGUAAAGGGCAACAAAAUGUACACAAAUUAAAUAAUUUAUAUUUAAUAUAUUAAUAUUUCUAAAUUUAUUUUGCUGCAGUGCAUUCACAUUCUGGUUAGGAAGAUGCAUUCUAUAAGCUUGAAAAAUAAGUUAUUGUUGGCACAAUGACAGACCAUUAAUUUUUUCCUUUUCACGGUUCAAUCGUCGUCAUACACUUUGUAUGAGAAACUCACCAUGGUUAUUGUUGCCAGUGUUUAUGUGAAACGUUUCCUCAUUCAUGAUGAGAGUGCAGUGUUUCCGGGCAGCUCCUACAGAGCAUGGGAAUUAUUGAAGCCUCUUUGACAGAUCAGAUUGCUUGGUUUGAGCUUCCUACUGUGCACAUUCACUGCACAUCUUCAGUUCUUGGGGAUAUUGUUCAGGGAUUAUAGAGUGAAAAUGGUUCCUCAUGUUGACCCAAGAGUUUGACAAUAAUAAUGAUAAAGAUGCAGAAGAAGGGAGUAAAUCUAAAAUUUAAGUCUCUGUGUUUAAUCAAAAAACCUUUUUGUUCAAACACCUGGAGCAAUCAAGAUACUUCUGGUCAUUUUGAGAUGUUGGUUGUAGAUCACCGCAACACAGUGGAGUACAACGGCAUUUGAUAUGUUAUGCUCAAAUUGUCGAAAGACUCUUUCCAGAU